GUUUUAACCCAACACUUUUUAGCCCCAGAAAUUAAACCCCCUUUUUGUCUGAAAAUGGCUAGCUCUAAGGCUGCCGGAGUCAUGCCCAUGGCUGCUUUCCUCGCCGUCUUCCUCCUCAUAUCCGCCGGCAACGUCGUCGCUGCUCUGUCCUACGAGUCGAUCGUACCACAAGAAUUUGCACUUGGACGAAAAGUUCUUGAAGAUAAAUAUGAAGCCAUUGGUAGAAGUGGAUAUAACAGCAACAAACCCAAUGGUAGAAGUGGAAAUAACAGCAACGAACCCAAUGGUAGAAGCAGAUAUAACAGCAACGAACCCAAUGGUAGAAGUGGAUAUAACAGCAAUGAACCUAAUGGUAGAAGUGGAUAUAAUAGUCAUGAACCGAAUGGUAGAAGCGGAUACAACAGCAAUGAACUCAAUGGUAGAAGUGGAUAUAACAGCCAUGAACCUAAUGGUAGAAGCGGAUACAACAGCAAUGAACUCAAUGGUAGAAGUGGAUAUAACAGCCAUGAACCUAAUGGUAGAAGUGGCUACAAUGGCUACAAGCCAACAGGAAGGGGAGGCUAUAACUAAACAUUUGUAUAACUCAACAAUAGUUGAUAUGGUUGUCGUACUAAAAAAAAUAUA